UGUGACCUCGCAUCGCUCGGGAAACAAGAUGGCGGUGAUGUGGCUGAUGGCGGAGCUCGAGCGGCGGCUUUGAGAGGAGGAGAAUUAAAACUUUGGGAGGACACAAAAAGGCAGAUAGCACCCAGUUUCCAAAGUGGAAAGCAGCAUUUAAUGUAGCCCUACCACACAACUCUUAAAAGGUUCAGCUUGUUUUCUGAAAGCGUUACGUUUGCAUCAAAAUGGUUCGAUCUAACUCUAGAUCACAUUCAUCGAGAUCAAGAUCUCAUUCUCGUUCCAGUUCUAGAUCAAGGUCUCAUUCUAGGUCACGCUCCAGGAAAAAGAGAUACAGUUCUAGAUCUCGUUCCAGAUCCUACUCUCGCUCUCGCAGUAGGGAACGCAACUACUCAAGAGAUUACCGGGAUUACCGUGGCAACCGAGGAAUGAGACGGCCCUAUGGCCACCGUGGAAGGGGGAGAGGUUAUUAUCAAGGAGGACCAAGGUAUUAUCGAGGUGGCUACCGGAUUAAUUGGCAGAAUCGAAGACAAUCUCGUAGUCCUCGAAGAGGCCGUUCCAAGUCAAGAUCCCCGAAACGUAGGUCAAUAUCUCAGCGCUCCAGAAGUAGUUCCCGCCAGUCACACAAAUCCUCCUCUGCUAGAUCACGUGGCUCCUCGUCCUCCGGUUCCUCAUCCCAUCACAGCAGGUCACCUGCCCGGUCCAAGAGGAACAGAUCUCUGGACAAACGUGCAAAGAAAGUUGAGGGAACACUCCCAGAAGAGGAGUCUGGAAAAAACAAGCAGACCGAGAAAGCAACUGAUGUGGCAAAAUGCGAAUCUGAUCCUCCCAAGGUACGCAGUGAGUUUCAUAAAGCUCCUGCUGUACGUAGUGAAAGUUGGGCAGGACUUGCAACCUACAAUGACAAUAGUCCAAGAUCUCAUCACAGCCUAUCCUCACUUGCCAGCCCACCUAGCCUUAGCCCUACACGUUCUGUUCCUUCGCAUCACAGUUUGCCACACGCUGCACCACCAAGGCUGAGCUCAGCACAGGCCAGCCCACCGUCCUCCAGUAUGCACCACAGUCCUGGACAACAUAGCUCCUCAGGCCAUAGUGCAUCACAGUACAGUCCGUCUCAAUGUAGUCCAAUACAGAAAAGUCCUACAAAGGGUGCUCCAGCUCAGCACAGUCUUGCAAAGGAAGAAUCUCGACUUAAACAGUCUACUUUUCCUGGUGAUCCUGGGGAUCAAGAUCUUUCUAAAAACAAGUACCUGAAGAGGUACACCGAGGAUGAGGAGAGUAGAACCUUUGUGCUCGACAGAGGGGAUGGAAGAGAGAAGGAAUCUCAAAAGGAAAGGGGAUUGGAAAAAGAUAAGGAAAGGGGGAGAGAAUGGGGAGACAAAGCAGCAAUAGACUAUAGUAGUAGUUCCAAGGGUGAGUACUAUAGAAAGGAAGCAGAAAAAAUGCCAUUUUUAACAGAAUCCCCAGAAAGGCACAGGCAAUCCAUUAUGGAUGGAUUGUCUGAUGAAUUGGCUGAAUUGGAUAAUUAUCACCCUAAAUAUCAGUAUAGUGUGACCAAUCAAGCCGAGAAAGAAAAGAGUUAUGGAACUGAAUCGCAUUGGAAUUUUGGCUUUGAGGAAAGCAAAUACAAAACAAAAAUUUUAGUCAAAGGAACAAAGGACCAUGAGAGGUAUGAAGACGAGAGGUCUUACAGAUUUAACGUGGCUAGUUUUUCAUCUAGUGCAGUUAAAGAGAAAUUUAAGGAAGAGGACAAGUUCAGUGAGAAAAAAUAUGAGGAAAGAGCAUUAGUUAAAGAAACUGCCUCACCUGAGUCACUGAAGGGUGAAAAGUUCAAAGAGCUCUAUGAUCCAUGCUGUUCAUUGUUGCAACAAAAGAACAUGGAUAUUCGAGAAAGGGAUAAAAUCUCCCUUGCAGAGGAGGGUACGUCCAGAAUGAAAUCGGUACCCAGUACUUCCUGUCAGCCUGAAGUGAAAUUGAAAAUGACUGCCUCCCAAUUCGAAGUCCCUGUGAGACCAGGAAGUUCUUUGACUACUGAGAGACUGCUUUCCAGUGCUCUUGUCCAUUCCAGCAAGAAAGAGCAAGGGUUCCGCUCUAUCUUCGAUCACCUUAAGUUGCCUCAGUUUUACAGAAGUUCUUCAGAGUCAUUUAUUCAGCAUAUUGUGGCCCUGGUUCACCAUGUUAAAGAACACUAUUUCAAGUCAACAGGGAUGACCCUAAAUGAGCGCUUUACUAUGUAUCAGAAGACUGCUGAAGACCAUGGAACCAGGCAGAAAAGUCCCGAGAUCCACAGGAGAAUUGACAUCUCCCCCAGCUUGCUGCGAAAGCACACUCGAAUGACAGAGGAAGAGAUAACCUCGAAGGAGGACAGCCGAAAGGCAGAAAAAAAAUUGAAGUGUGAUCCAGCUGACUUGCGCCACGAUAUUGAUCGGCGUAGAAAAGAGAAAAGUAAAGAACGUGAAGGGUCACGAGAUUCUAGUGCCUCCAAGAAACUUUCCUUGGAAAAAUCAGGAAAAGAUCAUAAAGAGUACAAAGAUUACAAAUCUUACAAGGAAGGAAGCAAGUUUAAAAAUAAAGAUCAGGACCAUUCCAGUUCUUCAUCUUCGUCGUCUUCCCCUGAAUCUCCUGAGGAUAGAGAAAGCAGAAAAGAAAGGGAUGAUGGAUCAGGUGGCUUUAAGUCGUUCCAAGGACACACAGAGAGUGCAGGUUUUCAAGGACGAGGAAGACCUAGAGGGAACUUUCAGUUUCGUAUAAGAGGUGGCAGAGGAAGAGCCAGAGGAACUUUCUCUGGGUUGAGUGCUGUUUCCACCAGUGCUACAAACCCAAACUUUCAAAAGCGAUCCAAGGAGGAGGAGUGGGAUCCUGAAUAUACUCCAAAGAGCAAGAAAUACUUCCUGCAUGAUGACAGAGAUGAUGGGGUGGAUUACUGGGCCAAAAGGGGAAGGGGGCGAGGUACUUUUCCAAGAGGACGAGGGCGUUUUAUUUUCAAAAAAUCGAGCAGCAGUCCAAAGUGGACACAUGACAAAUAUCAGGGAAGCGAUGAAAAGGAGGAGGAAAAUGGAGGAAUAGAGGAUGAAGAGGAGAGAAAGGACAGACACAAAGAGGAAAAGGUAUACUUGGAACAUCACAUUUAAAACUAAGUCACCGUUGCCAGAAAAUAAGAUGAACAUCUUCCCCUGAAUUAUACAAGUGGAUUAUUAGUUACUACGUUUCUUUAAUCAUCUUUGAUUUAUAAUCAGAUAUUGGUUUUUAAUUCAGUUUUAAUGUUGAUUGAUGGUCUUGGUAAACCUGAAUAAAAAACGUUGUUUGUACACAAGCGUGUGAUUUAAUUGUUGGCUGUGAACUAUCUAUAUUACAUAUAUAGACAGUAUUUUUUAGCUAUUGAUAACUGCAUGGCUUGUUGAAGUGUAUGAGAUAUUACUAUUAAAAAAGCACAGUUUCAGAAAAUAAACACCUUGUAUUACUUGUAUUUGAAAAAAGUCAUUUGGGGGAUUUUUUAAUGUUGUAGGUGGCUGCAUUUUGUGUUUUGUUUUUUGCUUCUCUUAAAUAAUUGUUUAAUGAAGUGUUUUUCUUGUCCUUUUUUCCCCCAAAAAAUGUUAAUUAUAGCGCACUGUUUCGGGCUACCUGAAGGGGAGGACUUCUUGUAUAACUUGUGACAAGUCUUUUAAUUAGUGACUAAUUCUUUGUGUCAGCCAAGAAUUUUAUCACCAAGGUUGUUGGGUGGUAAAGAAAAUAAACAUAUUUGAAUACAAUUUUGAUUUAUUUAAAUGUUACUAGAUCUACAAUUUAAACCUAAGGUACAAUAAUCACUUAAUAGAAGUCUUAUUCAUUGUUUUCAUCUUGUAUCAAAUAUUAAAAUAUGUUGAGUUCUGC